AUGGCCUUGUUUUCACCUGCUUUCAACGAGUUCCAUCGCCAGUACGAGUUAAGAGAGGAGCUCGGUCGCGGGCAAUACGGCGUGGUGCAUCGCUGCGUCAAUCGCGCCACGGGAGAGCAGUUCGCUUGCAAGCUCGUCGGCGAUUCUCUCAACCUGAAAAACCCCGCCACAGCCAUGCACGCGGCUCGACGCGAAAUCCGGAACUUGUUGCUUUUAGACGGCUGCAGCCACGUGGCGGCGCUUAAAGACGUAUACCGCGACGAGGAAUCCAAGUCGCUGUACCUAGUUAUGGAUCUGUGCGCGGGAGGGGAUCUUUUGCGCCGCGUGGAAGAGAGGGGGCGGAUUCCCGAGCGCGAGGCGCGCAGCGUGUUUAGAGACAUGGCGACGGCGGUGCGUCAGUGCCACGAACGCGGCGUGAUGCAUCGCGAUAUCAAGCUCGAGAACGUCCUCCUCUGCCCCAAGCCGCUGCGCGAAAUGCGCCACAGCCAUGGCACGAGUAACCGUGGUACCGCUGAGGCGGCUGCACAACCGCGUGAAGACCAUGCGUCUCCCAACGAGAUGUCAUCUUUAGAUCGUAACGGCAGCCUCAUCAGCAGGAGUUCUACUACUUCUCUUGCUACUACUACUAGUAGCACUGAUGAUCAAGCCAUGGACGAUCUCCGGCUCUACACGGCCAAGCUGGCGGAUUUCGGCAUCUCACUCCGCCUGCGCGCUGAUCAGGAAGCAGUGGGGUACGGCGGAAGCUUCCCAUACGAAGCUCCCGAGAUGAUUGCUGGCGAGGCGUAUGACUGUAGCGCGGAUAUCUGGAGCCUUGGGGUUACCCUCUAUGCGAUGCUGUCUGGGUGCUGGCCGUCGUUUAAUGGAGGGGUGCGGCGAUUGGAUGAGAGCAGGGAUUGGGAGGAUUCCUGCUGGUGGUUUGUGUCGCAGCAGGCGAAGAAUCUCGUCCGUCGGAUGCUGUCGGUGGAUCCUGAGAUGCGACCGACGGCUGAGGAGAUUUUGAGCGAUCCCUGGGUGAGGGGGCAGGGAGGAGAGAUCGUGCGGUAUAAGCAGACUCCUUUUCUGCAACAAGCAACUCUGAUGAGCAAAGGCCGGUCUGCUGGGGCCAGAGGUCGCCGCAAUAUGACUGAGGGGAUGCAAAAAGGGAAUUCAAAGAGGAGAUAUUGUGGGGCUGCUGCUGCCGGUGCAGCGGAGACCAGCAGCACAGCGUCGACAGGGAAGGCUGUAAGCAGCGUGGGUUCAGAGAUUAACAUUAAUGGCAACAACGGUAAUAGAGUGUACAGGAGUCAAAAGCCACAGGGUAGCAACUAA